CUCAACUGUUUACAUAAUCUAACAAUAUGGCGGCAUCCAUCCGACAAAUUUUUUUAUGAAAGAAUCAAGCAUCGCUUUCAUUUUGAAUUUGAUUUAAAGGCGGAACAAAUAUCUGUCAUUGAGAGUGUGCUACAAAAGAAGCACACUGUGGGUGUUUUUCCCACGGGGUUUGGAAAAAGUAUAUGCUUUGUAUUACCUCCAUUAAUACUAGAUGUACAGGAUUCUUCUGUCAGACAUAUUUGUAUUGUGAUUUCUCCUUUGAAAAGUCUAAUGCUAGAUCAAUAUAAACAUGCUUCUAAACAUGGUAUAGCUGCAGCUGUUAUGAAGGGCAGGGAUGAAAUGUCUCCUGAUGUGGUUGAAGGUAAUGUCCAAAGAAAUGUAUAGACUCUGCAGUUUGCAAUUUUCAAACUAAUGCAUGCACAAAUUAAAACACACAUAAUAUCAUAUAUAGGAAUAAGCGCAGGAAACUAUUCCAUUCUCUAUAUGUCACCCGAGAUCCUGCUGAAUUUUGAUUCAUGGAGGGAUAUAAUAUUGAACUCAGGUGUAUAUAAGGAGAGAGUUGCUUUGAUUACUAUAGAUGAGGCACACAUAUUGGCAUCAUGGGGUGAUACUUUUCGACCGACCUUUUCAAGACUUGGAGAGCUGCGCUCCCACUUUCCAACUACACCAUUUUUACUACUGACAGCAACUUGCACACCAAACAUUCUACAGCAUAUUACUGGAAAAAUACAUCUUCCUAAUAUGAAAAUGUUAACAGCAUCUCCAGACAGGCCAUGUAUUUACCUUGAAUACAAGAGAGGAAAAGACAUUUUUGAAGAACUCCAUUGGCUGUUUGAUGAUAUUAAACAGAAAGGAAUAGCUGCCAGGAAAACACUGCUUUGUGUCAGGAGCUUGGAUCGAGGUGGUCAGCUGUAUAGAGAUAUUUUAGGGUACCUUAGAGAACAUGCAUACUUAAACCACAUUAAGCUUCACCACAACAGCCAUGUUGCUUUGUACCAUGCAGGAAUGGCCAACAAAGACUUAGACUACAUUCAUCAGGAAAUCUCAAAGUCAGGUAGUGUUAUUCGACUGGUCAUAUGUAUUAUAGCCUUUGGAAUGGGUAUCAAUAUCUCUGAUAUUGAUACUGUGAUCCACUGGGGAGCCUGUGACUCCAUAAUGGAUUAUUAG